AAAAGGACUUGCUCCCCUGUUUUUCCAAGUUUUUCUUCCAAGUCUCUGAGCAUCACCAUCUUCUUUCUUUCUCUUGUAAGUUCUAAAUGGUUGUUGUACAAGCUUCCAAGAUUACCCUCCCAAAUCCAUGCACCUCCCUCUCUUCAAUCCUCUUUGAACCAACCUCUCUCUCUCUCGCACUAACCCACUCUGACUCCUCUCUUUCCCUUUACCCUUCUCUCUCCCUUCUUUCUCUCUCUUCACUCCCUUCCCCGCAAACCCUAAUUCCUUCCCCUUCUUCCUCCUCCACCUUCCUCCUCCUCCAAACUGCCCCUCACAAUAAUAAUCAUUGUAAUUCCAAAUCUGCCCCUCGCGUCCUCUUCCUAGUCUCUGCACCCCACCGCGCCGGAUCCCAAAUCCUCCUCCGCUUCUACCUCUUGAACCACAAAACCAACGCUUUCUUUAGGCCACGUGUUAUUUGUUCCCAGAAGGACCUGCGCUUCGAGCACCAGCUGGGCGUUUUGGUAAAUUCCAAGCAUGGGGUUUCCAUCAAGCUUUCUGGUUCCGUUAAUUACUUUGCAAUGUACUCCGUUUCCGCCGCAAAGGUUUGGGUUUUUGCCGCAAAAUUGGAUUGCAGCGACGAUGGCGAUGCGGUGAAACUGAUGAGGUGUGCGGUGAUUGAGUGCUCCAGGCCUGUGUGGUCUGUUACCUUGUCGUUUGGGUUCUUGCUUCUUGGAGAAGAAAAUGGAGUUAGGGUUUUUAGUCUCAGGCGAAUCGCGAAAGGAAGGGUCAAGAAGGGGAAGAAUGUGUAUUCGAAGCCAACGAAUGGCGGCGAUCUGGUGAAGAGAGGAGGGAGACGAAUUAGCAGUGGUGGUGGUGAAGGGCUGGUGGAUUUAGCUUGCAAUGGUGAUUUGGAAGGGAGAAUUGAGAAACAUGGUGUUGCUGUGAAGCAGACAAAUGUUAAAUUAAAACAUGAUGACAGAGAUGGAGGCGCAUAUUUUGUGGCAUUGAAGCAAAAUGAUGUUGAAACAAAAUCCAUGACAAGAGCAGCAAUGCCUGUGAAAGCAAUUUCCAUUCAGGCCCUUUCGCAGAGAAUGUUUCUGAUUUUGGACUCGGGCGGAGAUGUACACCUGCUAUCCCUGUCAAAUUCUGGCAUAGGUGUUGAUAUCACUGGUCGUGUUAGGCAACUGCCUCAUGUCAUGAAAGUGCAAAAUCUGGCAGUUCUUCCUGAUAUUUCUACAAUAUCACAGACUGUCUGGAUAUCAGAUGGAAGCCACUCUGUGCAUAUGUUCAGUGCAGUUGACAUGGAAAAUGCUUUAAAUGAAAUCGAUGGAAAUGAUGAGGACGAAAAGCAGAUUCAUCUCCCAGUUGUUCGAGUUCUUUUCUGUAGUGAGAAGGUCCAAGAUGUCACUUCUGUUGCUUCAAAUUCUGUUAUGAUUCUUGGACAAGGAGGCUUAUAUGCAUAUGCGAUUUCCUGAAGUUGCUUUCUAGUUAUCCUUUUAUCUUUUCCAGUGGAAAUCAAUGUUCCUGGCUCCCUUGAUGUUCUAAUGUGUUUCAUGGAGUAAAUGCUAUCUUUCUUAGUGCUCUGGCUGCCUCACCAGAUGUUGCAUCCUCAAGAUACUCGAGCUCUUGAAAGAUAGACAAGAUCAUGGGACUGAUUAAACAUCUGUGGGGUUCUAAAUUCUGAAGUGGAGUUUCCCAACAGCUUUAAAGCCGUCUGUCCUGUGAGACAUAUCACAGAAACCUGAAAGAUUGAGGACUGAGCUGGUUUGAAUGAAUCCCGUCUUUUGGAGCUUGACCGAAAUCAUGAUUUUCUGCCGGAGAACUGAGCAGGCUUCAAUAGGAAAAAGGGGUACAGUCUUUGCAAUUGGAUUGUUCUGCAUGAUGAAAUAUUAGCUUCUCUCUAGCUAUGUCUGUAGUCCUUUUAUGGAAGAUAUUUUUGGUGGAGUUGAGUUAUCUUUUUUAAUUUUUUUUUAUGUAAGGGUUAAUAAUAUAUGUUUGUCACCCCGUUGGUUAUGUUUCUUUGAUGAUCAUUAUGCCUUGUACGGUACGUGUUUGUGAUGGAUUUAUUCUUACUUCGAUGGCUGUAUGAAAUCCUUAUGUUGAGGCCAGCGUCAUAGUUCGUUCAUACUUCAUAAGUGUAUGACAGUUGAAUGAUGGUGAGAGCUUUGGCAUAUUAAGAGAGUAGAAAAAGGACAUAUGGGCAUAAGCAAUAAGCAUAGGUUCCUAACUGUUAUUUGAAAAAAGUCCUCAUUCUAGUAAACUAUCAUCACAUAUUAAAUGUCAUUUUGGAGUAAGAGAAGCAAUGAUAAACGAGUGGUGCUCAUUUCUCAUGUAGUGGUAGGUGUUCUUACUUACCACCCAUUAGAGACCUAGAAUGCUUAAUAAUCUCUCAUGGUUGUAAAUAUCUUGAUAUAUGGAUAGACUAGUCCUUGGGCAUGGGAGAUGAUAGGACAAUUCGGUGGGAAUUAACCUCAAUAAAUCAUCCAUGUGUAAACCAACUUGGGUUAAUCGAGUUGUCAGCUUAUUCCUUCGCUUAAACAAGUGUCGAGUGUUCGAAUUCUGCCUUGUGCAUGUAACAAUCCAUUUGUCAGCAGCACAUUCUUAAAUGGAGUUUAGAUCUGUGACGGAUUAGUUUUUGACCUGACGGGUUGGGAGAUACCACGUGUAUCAUAAUGCCAGAAACAAUUUUAGAACCUCUUCUCGAUACCUACGUCGCAUAAAGUAUCAGACAAAAUUGACAACUAAAGUUGAGAUCCAGAGGGUGGGACCCUUCUUCCAUAAUGUGAUGACCCUUGGACAGUGUUUG